AAGCAAUGAUUUAUUAAGUGCAUUUCAUACCCCAAUCUUCUGGAAGUCUCUGGAAGAGGUGAGAUGGCAGCAGGAUGGGCAGGGAGGGAGGUUUAAGUCACAGAGGGAGGAGGAGACAACAAAGAAAGAUUGUGUCACAGAGAGGGGAGGGAAAAUCAGCAGGUACAUAAUAACUCCGGGCAAGAUUUGUAGGAUAGGAAAGGAGGCACCAGGACCUUGGCUUGGUCUGUGCCACUCUCUUUCACCCACAUCAGAGACGGCUCCCAGCAAUGCUGUAUAUAUUUGGGUCUUGAUAAGGACUCAUUUGAAGACUGCUCUCCUCUCAUCUGUCUUCUGCCCAUAAUCUCCACAACUGUUCUUGGCAAGGACACUUGGACUAAAGACUGGGACAGCUUAAAGCUUGAUCAACUUGUCUGCUCCUGGCGAGAUCAGUCUGCCAUGAAGGGUUUUCUGAUCGUCGCUCUCUUGGGGACAGCUGGAGCUGCUGUUCUGGCUAAAGACUCUAAAGAUAAUCAGGAGUUGUCAUAUAAUUUUACUAUUCCUUACAUGGUCUAUCUUCAGUCCUUCCCAGAACCCUGCGUGGGGUCUCUCAUUCACCCUGACUGGAUAUUGACGGCUGCCCACUGCCCCUUACCUGUUGAAAUUCGACUGGGAGUUCCUCAACCUAGCAUCACAAACAAGAAACAACAGAUACGAAACUAUUCAUCAGUUGUGACCUACCCUGACUUUGAUGCAAAAUCCUUGAACAAUGACCUAAUGAUGAUCAAACUGUCAACACCUGCUUCACUCAACCCCCAUGUGGGGACUAUAGCCAUAGCCUUGGAACCCAUUCCAUUUAAUGAGUCCUGCUUUAUUCCAACCUGGACCUGGAAUGAAUAUAAAAACCUCAGUGAUCCUGACAUCCUGACAUGGAUCAACCAAUAUUCUCUUCCAUUCCAUGACUGUCAGGAUAGACUCAAAGAAGAACAGGCAGGAAACAUCAUUUGUGUGGGACACCCUCUAAGGAUCCUAUCUAAAAACAAGGAAGUUUCGGCUGCCCCAGCCAUCUGCAAUGGGAGGUUGCAUGGAAUCUUGUCCUGGGAAGAAGGAAGUGUCACCCUAGGAAGUGAAGGAUUCUUCACAGGUGUUCAUCACUAUGCAAGAUGGAUCUUGAAAAUUAUGGAUACCCACUGA